ACUCUUUUCCAAUUUACAAACAAAAUAAAUAAAAAAAUUACGUCCUCCGCGUCUACACAAAUUGAAACAAAAAACGCAUCAGCCGAAAUCAACAUAGGUUGCCCACAGUCCGUAUUGUGGUGUUCCCACGAUGGGGAGCCAUCAACUCCAAAGCAACCGAAAACACCAAUAUGGCCACCGGAACUGCCUUUGGAAUCGCAAUGGGCGGAUGGUGUCACGGAAGGAUAUUGGGAUCAAGGCGGUCCAUGGCUCUAUCCACCGAAAGCCUCAUCGUUUCACAGUGAGGGUGAACUGUCGGGAUCUUAUGUAUCAAUUGAAUGUCCAUCACCACCCGCUCCUCCUGUUUGUAUAACAGACAUAAGACGCGAUCCUCAGGCAAAAUUGAGUAGAUUUUUAAAAGCUUUUUACACUGACCUAGCGCUUAAAGAAUCCAUUAUACCAGAAUGGGCACCACCCACUGCUCCUGGUUCAUUGUGCUCAGCACGCUUAGAACCAGAACUUCGGUUUCAUCCCCAAUCUCAUGGCAUAAACAAUUGUGUCUCGAUAGAACAAUUGCUUACUUCAGUUCAGACAAAAGAUGGUGUGUAUAUGGAACCUCCUCGCAGAAUUUUAAUCGAAUGUCCAAAGUGGGCGAAUAGUAAUGCAUUAGCCCUGCGUAUAUUGUAUGCUUGGGCGAAAGAACCGUUAUGGCCACAACGGGAUACACCAGUCGCUCUACCAAUUUUCAUCGCAUUGCCAGAACUGAAGACUAGUUUCGCAAAUUAUUUCGAAAAGGACUUUCUCUACAAACGUCCAACGAAUCCAUUCUCAAAUGGGCUUGGAGAUUUUGCGACCGCCUGGAAUUCAAUGGCUUCGCUUGGUAGAAAACUACUUUUCGUCCUAGAUGGCUUCGAAAGUUUAUUUAAUACUACGAAUGGAAAACGAAAACCUUUUUCUCAAGAUACCGUCGAUUUACUGAACGGAAAACUAUUUCCCGAAUCUCGUGUUAUAAUUAUCAGUGUGGCUGACAGUCAUCAGCUAACUGAUCUGCUUCCAUUGUUCCAACGACACAUAACAUACGAAGGAUUGACGUGGGGUCGCUCCGCAUCACUUCUUGGAGGCGGCCAAUGGGGUGGCGCAUCAACGAGAUUUUUGAACGUGGUACAGUCUUGCAAGUAUUUGAGAUGUAUAGCUCGAACAACUUUAGGUUGUUUAGCAUUAGCAUCCAUUUACGAGUCCAGUGAUGGAGAAUUGCCUACGGAAGAAAUCGAGGUGAUUGAAGCGGUUUUGAAUUGCAUAGCAUGUGAAUCGUCGCAAUCGAAUGUGGCUGAAUUGGGACGCCUUGCAUUGUUUUGUUUGAAAACUAAAAAAUCUCUCAUUAAAUCGACUGAUAUCAGGCUCUAUUGCUCUGAUGUAAAUGCUAAGAUCUUAGGCUGUCUCGAUCGUACCCCACUAUACGGAAGGAGUUCGAAAAAGAAAGGCGAAUAUGUCUACAACACAAUCUGUCCGGGAAUAGCUGAACUACUAGCCGCAAACUAUCUUGCCUCACUAGUAAAUCGUCCAGGAUUGCUGGCUGCUGAAAUCACCGGAUUGUCAUUCGGCGACGAAGUUGAACCAGAUAUUAUUAAAGUUUUGACCUAUUCGAUGGGACUAUUGUCAUCUCACGCACACAUAUUAUUGUCUAAAUUGACUCCAUUGUGGUUGAGUCCUCAAACGGUUUUUUCACUGGCCUUAGCAGGUGGAGAUUCAACAGCCAAUAAAAAUGCCUUAUGUGAUUUAAUCGGUAUAUCAAAGACGCCACCAAUAUCGCCAUUAGAAUCGAAUCCGAUAUGGGUGCAAAUUCGUACCACUCCGACAGAAAUGUUCGGCUGGGGCAUGGCACUAAAGAGUUCCAACUGUGCUUUAAAAAAUCUUGAAUUGAACUAUCAAAUCGAAAAGCAUUUGAUGUUAGAUUUUAACGAUGGCAUCGAUGCGUUCCUGGAUGCGUUGUCGCAAAAUGAAAGCGUUUCAACGCUUAAGAUUUCGUCGUUGUUGGAAAAUGAUGUUAAAGAUGCUGAUAUAUUAAGCAUUGCAAACUGUAUAUCGAAAGCGUUGCUGAAGCCCCGAUUGAUGAAUUUCGAAUUGAUAUUGACCAUGUUGGAAGAAGAUCCACCGGUACUCAAAUUACAAUCGGUGGUCACCGCUAUUUGUCGAUCACUUUCAAAGAAUGUUAAACUGGAAUCGUUGUUACUGGAUAUGGGUCUGUGCACUUCGCAACUGGUACAGAUCUGUUCCAAGUUGGAAAAAUGCAAUCAUUUAACCAGAUUGUCUUUACCACAUUUGCGAUGCGAACGUGGUGCUGUAAGUGCUCUGGCGACUUUAUUGAGUAGAAGGCGAUCAUUGACCAACUUAUCGUUGCCUUCGUGUUGGGGUGCACGUGAUGAGCUUCCAUCAUCGAGCGGCGUAAGCAUGGGUUCUGGUAGUGGCAGUAGUACUGGAACGUCUGGUUUAAUCAAGCAAUCAUCUCUAACUGGAGCUCCAUCUCCUCGAAACUUUACAACCAAUAUAUUCUCUUCACUUCCCAGAGGCGUUGCCAUCCCUCCAACCAAUUUAGGAAGAUCAGCAACUCUACCACGUCAGCCACUUGAUUGCCCUCCGAAUAAACGUAGCUCUGAUUCUGUGAUAUCGAAAACGUGGUAUCCCACACCGGCUUGUGAUGGAUGUGCUCAUAAUUCAGGAACUUUUCAUGAUCUUUUUUUCAUUAUCAGAGAGCCAUAUUCUAAGCUCAAUAGCAUUGAUUUGAGUAAGGCGCAACUGUCGCUAGAGGAUGCAAUGUGUUUGGGCGAAACAAUUCGAGUGUCAACUACAUUGCAUUCGUUGCGAAUGGAAGGAGCUUCACGUUUAAGUGAAAUUUUGCCAGCUAUUAUCGGUGCCGGUGAUUCAAGAAGUUUGCAGUUAAUGUGUUUAUCAUCUCCAAGACUGUCGCUAGAGGAUGGUGCAAUUGAAAUGAUAGCCCGUUCACUGGCAAAUUGCAAAUCCCUUCGAUUGCUAAUUUUAGAUGGAUGGUCGUUUAGGAUCGAGAGCGAAGCGACUAUUGCGGCCGUUCGAAUGUUUUUAAAAGUAACCUCGUUACGUGAAAUCGGUUUGUCGAACUGUAGACUACAUCUGCCUACCGUGGUGUCUGAAAAUAUAUUCGCUAAAGCGUACGAAUGUUCGUCGCUGGUCGUUCUUCGUUUAGCUGGAACACAGAUUUCUCUAGCUGAACAAAACAUUUUACGAGGACCUCAGCUAAUACCGCACCUACGACGAUUCGAUUCGCUCCGUGAAAUUGAUUUAUCAGCGCCGGCACGGUCAAGUGUGAGUGGAACUAUGUCUUCAACGUUUAUUUUAGAUGACAAGAGCAUUACGACAUUUUUCCAAUUUUUGAGCGCGCAAUGCAGAUUGCUGAACACGCUGAAAAUCUGUAACUGGAUUUUACAUUUGGACGAGUCUGUACGCUCGCUGAAAACCGUCUCAAAAUAUCUUCGUAAAUGUAGCAUAUGCCACGUGAAAAUUGAUGGCAUCGUCGUGCUGGAUCGCUCGAAAAAGACCAAAAUUGAAAAUCAAUUUGUCCAAGUGCUCACUACUUCACUGAAAAAGCUUCGCUGGUUGGGCAUUAGUUUGGCUGGUAAAAAAGAUGAACAAAUAACGGCUACCGGAAAGGCAAUUUCUCAUUUUAAAAGCUUUGAAAUCGAUGUAAGAUUGACCGAUUCAACAAUUGAUAGUGCACGUCUUUUGGCUCAAACAAUUAAUUUAGAGGGUAAGUUUGAUCUUCGCGUCUCAACAUUUGGUACGUCUAGUGGAAUUUUAGUUCAUUGCGAAAAGACCGGCUCCAAAGCUAUGAGAUCGUAAAAUUGUUGUCUGUUUUGUAUUUUUUAAAAUGAGACACCAGAAAAUAAUUAGAGAAUAAAUUCAGAAAUAUUUUUAUAUUAAUUAUCUUUAGUACUUUUACACGAUGGUAGGAAAAUGAUUAUUAGAAUAAAUUAAAUGCAGCUACAGUGGACGUUAUACGCUUUACUCUACCAGAAUAAAUGAAAAGAAAAAAAACGAAACACACUCACACUGAAGCUCCAGAAAGGUAGAUCAAUUCAUAUUUCUAUCAUAUGGUACCACAUCUACCGCAGAGAAAAUUUUACAUCCAAACACCAUACACUCUGUAAAGCACCAAUUAAGUUAAACUAUGAAUUUCUUUGUCGAACUUUGAAAACUUUGUGCUUAAUGCUGCAAGCUAAUUGUAUAAAAUUUCCAUUAACAUUUUUGGUAAGCAAUUUUGAUUUUUACUGUUUCGUUGCUAAACUUAUCUAAAACAACAAUUUUGAAUGUUAAAAUUCAUAAGGCAUAGUUCGUCCAUCGUAAUUUAUGCACCGUUCGUAAGGUAAACAUUUUCGUAAUAAUAAUUCCGUCGAAACAAAAUGAAAUAUAGAUUUCGUUACACGGGCUCUUCAUUUACAAAUUGUACACCUACAUCUCAUCUAGCUUAAUAGUAGGUGGCAGGGUACAUACCACGCAAUAAGGAGAGCUUAUCUUUGUAAGGUUCCAUAAGACCUAUAAUUAGUGGACGUGUGUGAUCAACAUGAUUGAUAUCAAAAAGGAAAUUCGAUGUAACCUUUAAAUAACCAAACGUUCCGAACAGUGAAUGUGGUCGUCGUGCCGUUCUGUUAAGUCGUCCUUGCAGUUAUUUGUAGUCUUUCUGUUCUCUUUCUAAAGUCUGACAAUUUUCGAUUUUCAAACUGAGAUCUACCCACCAAAAUUGUAAGAACUUGUUACGGACUGCUAUCAUCUUCUAUCGAUAAUGACUUCAGGAAUAAACGACAUCCGCUGACUAUAAUGUUGGGUUAUAGCAAAACUCAUGUUUAAAAAAUGAAGUAAAAGAUUUGAAAUAAAUCCAUUGAAAAUAGUUACAUCAAAUGAAGUAGUUGGUUAAAUAGUAAAAUUGAAAAUAUGUUCACGAACCCACAAUAUGUUCUGGCCAAACGGAUAAAGUUAUCAAAAGUUUGUUACUUCCACAUUUUAUAUAACAGAUUUGACAUAUCAACUGCAUAUUUACCGCAAUAAAAUUUCAAAUCAUUCGAAAAUAUUUUAUUGCCACGACUGAAUUUCGACGAGCCUAAUAUUAGGCCCACAAAAAAAUUGAACAAAUUCGAAAUGCUCGCUCAACCAUUUCACAAUACAUCUGUUCAAUAAAUUCAACAACAAAAUUCUAUUAUAAAUUUAAACGUGAAUACCACCGGCCUGUUUAAUCCUCAAUGCUCAGGUAAUUUCCUUCGAAUACCUAUCAUUUUGAUUGCACCACCCCCUAACAUUUAGAACUUUUUGAGAGAGAAAAUCACUAAUAACAAAUCCGUGCAUGUAAUCCACCCAUUUGAAGCAAUGAGUAUGACUUGUAAAAGAAAAUUAGCUGUAUAUAGUAUAAUCUCUACUACGUGUGUUGCAAACGGGAGCACAUUUUACUUUGCAACAUUUCUCGCUAACAAAUCAUAAACAGAUGGCAUUCUUUGUACAUAGAUUUUUGUUUUCUAUAAAUUGCUUUUUCGUCGGUGAAAUAAAGCUCGACACUUCCCUUUUUGUAUUUAAUCCCGUCGAAAGCGGUAUACGUAAAUCCAUUUUUUUUCGACAGUUCCAUUUAAUGGAAAAGAAGAAGAGCAAACAAGUUAUAUCGAAAUAUUGAUUCUUGUUGUGGUUUUUACAGUUGUUAGCUGUUUGAGAUUUUCGAUAAAUUUUGCAACUGAAAAUAAAUCCACCAAAAUUUUACUUCUAAGUUCUCUCAAACUUUAUCUAUCAAACCGAAUCAAAAAAGCCUUAUCUGAAACGAUGUUUUCAGAACAGAAUAUCAAAUAACAUUGUACUGAACACGUUGUAUUUCACCUGAAAUUUUUGUUUUAUCUUGUUCUGUUCUACAGAUAAGACAAAAUAAAAACUUGUGUAGUAGUGUAGGUAGUCAUCCAGAAACAUUUUAUUUCAACUUAAUCUUUUCAGCCAUUAAAAGUGAAAUUGUAAUACGCUAUUUUGAUAAUGUUUGCGAAUUUUAUCGGUUCUACACCAUUAGUGAGAAUGUAAUUGACUGAAAAUUUUAAUUAAUUCUCAUAACUGCAAACUCAUGAGCCACUUCUCAAAGGCUCUGCAACUUCCAAAGCAUUAAACUUACUCGAAAUUUAUUUUCGGCAUUUUUUUGUUACUACGGGAAUUAUGGUACCUGUCGAGCUUUUAUCGUAGCAUAUCUUUGGAGGGAGGUAACGCGAAACCUCUUCAUCAGAAAUGUCCUGGCACAUAACGACAUUUUUGAAAACAUGCUACAAACAUUUCAGGAUCAACCGAAUGUUUCCUAACAAAGAAGCCACAUAAAAGUGCAUUUUCGUCGGUUCGCUUAAUAAUUUACGUCUUAACUGAACUUCAGAAAGAAAAGGUCUUUUUGUGGUAUCUUGUACGAAGAAAAAUUGCAUUCAACUUGACAUGUUUAAGUUAUGCCGUAAUGUGCCAAGAUAAUCCUCUCUGCCAGAUGAGAAAUUUUACAUUUUUCAAUUUUAUUUUUGCGUUGCUUCUUGAGAAAAUACUGCGAAAAAAAAUUGUUGUGCAACAUCCCGUUAUAAUCAGGAAAAGUGUUUUUCUCCAUUUUAUACAUAUUACGCGAUGCAAUAUCACUGUACAUAACAUAAUUGUAUGUUGCAUGAGAGAUUCAUUUUUUUACGGAUUUUAUUUAAGAAGUCUCCUAUAAAUAUACUUUAUCAUCGAUAAGUAAGAAAGCGUGUGAAAAUAUCGCAACGAUUAAAUAGUCGGUAAUGGUAAUUGAUUCUAAGAAUUCGAGGCCAGUGACUUAUAGCCCAUUCGACGAAAGAUAUUAUUCAAAGCAGAAACACAAAGACAACCCGAACCCACAAUCGUACAGCCGCUGAAAGUUUUCCAAAAAGCCACCAAAAUAGACCAAGGGUGGCUCUAAAUUUAUAAACACACAAUCAAGGUCUCCGAGUCGGUUUUCUUUAAACAUUAUGUCCCUAAAAGUACGUACACCAACACAAUCAUGUGAAUAUUAGGCUUUUACAGACCGACUCGGAGGCGACUACGCAAUUAACAAAUGUCAUACUCUAUUUGUAUCAAAAAUGAGCAUGUAGCAUGUUAUUGUAUGAGCUGUUGAAAGCCUCUAAGAAAUGAUGUUGUCUUUUUGAAUGGUAAAUGGGUCGCAUAUUGAUCUAAAAUCGAGUUGAUACUCAACCAACCACUUUUUUAAGUUUUGUUUAUAAAUUUCAGCGGUUGGUACUUCAGUCUCUCUUUUUGCAGUUAACCUUUUUAAAAUUUUAUCUGAUAUAGACAGUGCCAACCUUUGUAUAGCGCGGUUUUAUGUACAAAAAUGUAUGUUAAAUCAAAUGAAGUACAAGAUUCUUUGUCAAACAUUAGUCUCUACUUUAAACAAAAGAAUUUACAGAUUCAAUAACUGUAUCGUGAUUCGUCUGCUGUUUCUAAAAAGUUAAUUUUAUUUAUUUAAAAAAAAAUUGUUAGGAAGAUUUACCGCUACCAGUGGUGUGAUUUUCUUUUCUUUUUUUGCUUAAAAUGAUGUUAUUUGUCGAUCAAAAAUAUGUUGUUAAGAAUGCUUCGAUCUAUUUAUCGUUCUACUGAUCGUAGUGUAACUUUUAACAACAAAGAAACAAAAACGGUUUUUGAAUAAAGAAAAAACUAGAAGAAAUUGAAUGAAUCGUAAAACUUAAAAACUAAAUUUUUAUAUAAGAAACGUAGGACACAAUAUUUCAAAGAGUUUCAAAUUAUCGACCCUAUUGUGUGGAUAAUUUCAUUUAAUGUUUUUUACCCUGUUAACUUUAGAAAGACGAAAAGAUUAACUUAAAACAAAGAUAAUUAACAACAAUAAAUUAUACUUAAAAAAACCAAUUGUUAUUAUACAUAUUCUUAUCUAUAUAGGCGCUAUGCUGAAAGUAUCGAUCUCUAUGUAACGCACAUCAUUUAAUUAAA